AUGCCUUUCGAAUACAAGAAAGUCCUCAUGAUAGGCGCUACCAGCGGAAUAGGCUGGGCGCUCGCCAGCAGGAUGAUCGAGAAUGGGAUCUCAGUCAUUGCUACCGGACGACGACAGGAGAAUCUGGAUGACUUCGCCAAGCAGCACGAGGGUGGCAAAGGCGAAGUCGAUACUGCAGCCUUUGACAUCACUAAGCUCGACCAGAUCCCAGGCUUCGCCAAGGAUAUGUUCAGCAAGCACCCGGACAUCGAUUGUAUCUUCCUCAACAGUGGUCUCCAGCGAGGGCUGGAUUGGACGAAACCGGAUGAGGUGAAGCUUGAGGAUGCUGAGCUCGAGAUCUUGACGAACUACACUGCGUACUUGCAUCUAACUAAGGCGUUCUUGCCAUAUCUACAAAAGCAGGCACCGAAGCCUACUAGCCUGGUCUUCACCACGUCUGGCCUGGCGUUGAUACCACUUCUGACAUGCCCCAAUUAUUGUGCGACCAAAGCAGCAUUGCACCACCAGAUCCUGGCCAUGCGACAACAGAUGAAGGAUGUCAACAGCAACGUGAAGAUCAUUGAGGUCUAUCCACCAGCCGUGAAGACCGAGCUGCAUGCCGAGAAGAACCAGCCUCAGCUUGGCGAUAGUGGCAAGCAUAUCGGUAUGCCACUUGAGGACUUUACGAACGAGGCGUGGGAAGGUCUCAGCAGUGAAGAUAACGAGCAAGUUCCAGUACAAAUGGUGAAGACGGCUAUGGGUUUCAACUCGUGGGAGAAGGAAAGGCAGGCUGCCGCGCAGAAGAUGUGGGGGUUCAUCAAGAGUCAGCAACAGAAGUCAUCAGUAGAGGCAAGGAUAGCGUCUCACAAACAAGCUUUCAGUCGAAGCUUCUCUCCCCACGAUCCGUCAUGCAAGCCACGCGUGCCACUCGAUCCUGGCCAUGAUAUCUUGAUUACCUACAUUAUUCUCUCUCCUUCAGCGGAUGCUCAAUACAACAGAACCGCCAUGGCACACGUAGUUCGGGAUGUACCCACGACCUCUGCCACUGCCACCAUACCAAACUAUUCGGAUGGCGCUGGCACCAACAAUGGUACCAGCAGUAACGGCAACAACGGCUCUGGUUCACUAGUAAACUACUACUUCGUCUUCCUCGCCCUCAUAAUCUGCAUAGCCGGUUUAUCAGGCUUCCUAGUCUACCGAAGACGAAAACGAGCGAUGGCGGCGAUGCGACAUAGCAGAGAACAUGCUCUGGCUAGAGACUUGAGCGCCUGGCAUGGUGGCGGCGGAUCCGGGAGUAGAAGUCGAGGAUACUGGCCCGGUCGCGGACGAGCACAGGAAGAUGAGGGUCCUGAAGAAGGAUUGAAUGAGUUGGGAGAGGCACCACCAGCAUAUGUGCCGAGGAAGUCGAGGGAGGAUACGCAUGCGGCUACGGACGGAGCUGGGAACGGACCUACGAUACCUUUACAGACACUCUCACGAGAGGAAGCUGGACUGAAACCACCGGAGUAUACUGAGGCGAAUGCGAGAUUGAUUGAGACGCCGUCGAGCCCAUCACAUAUGAGUGGCGAGGGUAGUUCGAGAUUUGGACAGCAUGAACGAGAUGCUGAAGGUGGAGCAUCACGAACGUGA